AUGGCGGGCUUUCCGUCUGUCAAACCGGCUUUUACUGUCAAGGUUAUUGCUGCUCCCCCUCUGUCUGUUGGCAGCGCCCACCGCAAAACGAGCCUGACUGUCGUGCCCAUGACAGGAGGCACCAUCACCCCCGAACCAGGCUUUUCGCCCGCUCUGGACGCCGAGUUCGUCGGCACGGGCAACGAUUAUAUCCACGUUGAUCCGGAUAAUGGGCGUAUGAGGUUGGAUGCGCAUGGGGUGGUGAAGACUAAAGAUGAUGCGCUGAUCUACCUCAACUACAAAGGCACUGUGAACCUCACGCCCGAGGUGCAGAGCAUCUUUGCCGGAAAGGCGGGAGACCUCACAACGCCGUUUGGUGAUGUCUUUACGUAUUUCACCUUCGAGACCGGCGACGACCGCUACAAAGCCCUCGAAAACGGCGUCUUUGUCGCCCAGGGCCGCUUCGUCAAUGUCUCUGGCAAGCCGCUUGUCGUGGAGUACAGGGUUGGACAGGUUGUGCAGGGAUGA